AUGGACGCCAGUCACCGUGAAGAGACUAGGGUACGACGUCGAAGGGCCCUUGCCUGUAUCGAGUGCCGGAAACGAAAGCUGCGAUGUGACCACAAUCGCCCUUGUAGCAAAUGUCAACGUGCGAAGAAUCGGACAUGUGUCUAUCCUGCCAAUGCUCCUCUUGCCAGUCCGGAAAAUCAUAUCAACUACCGACAGGGUAGUCCGUCAAACAUCCAACAGCGCCAGUCCGACCCGGAACAUGGAAUGUUAGCCCAAACACCACAGCCCGCGGACCAAGACCGGGUCUUCACCAGCAGCACCGAUGGAACAUGGCACUCGUCUUCAUUCGGAAGCGUCUUGCUCAGUCAGAUCUCGACUCCGGGGACUGUUUUCCCUCUCGCGAUGACUGAGACUUCUACGCGCCGACCAGCACCAGAGCCACUCUAUCCAGCCGAGAAAUCACCUACUAUCUGCUCACUCACCGAGCUUACAUCUUUACCGACUAUAAUGAUUGUUAAAUCACGAUAUAUUUCACCAAGUCACUGGCUGUACUCAGUGAUGCUAAUGUUGCCUGCGCUGAAGUGGCUGGACAAGGAAAUGGUCAAGCAGAAAGAGUGUUGGCAGGGCCUCCUACACUGCAAAAGUCUGGGAGAAUGCCUCAGAACACGGAGAAUACUCGCAAACUCUCCCGGGCAAUAUGGCUCCUACAUACUCGAUCACGCCGUGUCAGCCGCGUUACUUCAGAAUUACUUACGGAGCUUUGAGCAGAUCUAUCGGAUUAAUCAUGUGCCGACGCUGCAGAGAGAGCUCGAGACAUUUCUACAAGACCGCGCUUCGGUCAACCACGAAUGCAUUGUUAGACUUCAGCUUUGCUUUGCACUUGGAGCUCUAACAUACGAUGAUCUGUUCUCUCUUCGACCGUACGCUCUUCAAUGGAUAUACGAGGCCCAAUCUUGGCUUACCAACGCUGAGAAAUCACAGCCAAGUAUCUCGGGCAUUCAGAUCAUGUGUCUCUUGCAGCUGGCUCAACAGACGACAGAGUCACUCUAUGGGGACCGGAUCUCAGCUCUCUCAGGCAACCUUCUUCGGUCUGCGAUAUGCAUCGGGUUGCACCGAGAUCCGAUUGGGCUGCCGCGGAUGUUACCUUUUCAGAUCGAGAUUCGACGCCGUCUCUGGACUACUGUGUUAGAGCUGGUUCUGGAAGCAAGCAUAGAGUCUGGCCAGCCCGUUCUCAUCUCAUCCGAGGACUUUGACUGUAGCUUACCCUCAAAUCUGAACGACGACCAGCUGCACUGCGAGUCUACAGUCCGUCCCAUUCCGAAAAACCCCAGUCUUCACACCGAUAGCUCUCUGCAAAUUGCUCUCGGCCAGUCCCUGACGUUGAGACUGACAAUCGCUAAAUUGUGGAACAAGGUCAAGCAGGAGGCGAACUACGCCACAGUCCUACAGCUUAGUCCGCAGCUUACUGCCACCCGCCAGAUUUUGACAACUACGCUCAAGAACUUGGGCAAGAAUACCUCGCUAUUGAUGACUAUGCCAGUAUCCGACACGAACGAGUCACUCUCGGAGCUUAUACAGCAAGCAAAUGACGAAGAAUACUGUCCCGAAUUUGGCCGAUUGAUAGUCUGCGGCUCGGGAUCCUUGCGGUCGGCACAGCAUAUUGCUAUCAGUGUGAUCGCGGCAGAUCUCAAUACCAUGAUAUCAGAAAGAGGCAAAAUAGCGACAGGGUCGGCUCUACGUGUCGUGGAAGAGCGUUGGCUACUGAAGGCUGGUGUUGCAUGGGCUAGACGGAGAAUCGAGGCAGGGCAAGAGAAUGUGAAAGAUUAUGUAUUCUUUGCAAUAGUGCUUGCUGCAGUAGAAGCUGUCUUGAAAGGCAAACCCGUCGAGGAUGAGAUGACAGAGCGAUAUACAAAGGAUGGUGGGGAAACAUCGGGGUUCGUGAUGAUUGAUCAACAAUGUGUCUCAGGUGGCGAGAAGCAAAGAGGUAUUAUCACGUACGGAAUCGCACCAAACCGUCUAAAUCCUAUGGCCCAGGCUGGUCAUAAUGCUGCCUUCAAUAUAUGGCGACGCUUCGCGAGCCAGGUCUGGUAUUUCGGGCCAUCUCUGGCUGCGGCCUGGUACGUGAUGUACUGGGCGGAAAAGAGGAACAAGUUUUUCAAUUCAAAGGUGGGCAGAGAAACAUAUGGGAGAGAUGAGUAG